AAGUGAUAUGAAUGAGGAAGCUUUGUGUAACGCAGUCAGCCUUCUGCAGCGAAUACAGAGCUUCAGCAGCACUCUGAAAAAAAUACAAAGUAAACAUGUUUCUCAAAAUUAUACUUUUUUUCUCAGGAACAGUUUGCCUCUCUGCAGAAAGAAACCAUGAAUUUUGUCACACAUACGGAUGCUUUGAAUCCAGUGAUACUCAGCUCUUUUUAACACUGGAUGGUGAUGAAGUCUACUAUGCAGACUUUACAAAAGAGCUUCUGAUUUGGGAGAGCAAAAUACCAACGACUUUGCGUCCUGAACAGGCUUACAAAUAUGAAGUAAAAUAUCGAGCGACGUGCAAGGAGGAUGUGCAGAAAUGGAAAAAAGACAAGUCAACUAUAAAGAAGAAAGAGCCACCAAAGAUUUUCCUCUAUCCAAGAGAUGAAAUAAUUAAAGAAGAAGGAAAUACCCUCAUCUGCUUCAUCAACUACUUCUUUCCAUCUUCCAUCCACAUAAAGUGGACUAAGAACAAUGUAGAAGUUGAAGUGGAAGAUCCUUUCAUCAAGUGUUUAUCCAAUCCAGAUGGGACAUUUUAUAUUUUCUCCUACCUUGACUUUGUGCCCGAAGACGGUGACAUCUACAGCUGCAGUGUGGAGCACGAAGCCUUGACAGAGCGUCUGACAAAGUUUUGGGUGGUUGAAAUAGAUGAGUCUGGUAAUGGUCCGGAUGUGUUCUGUGGACUUGGCCUGUGCCUGGGAGUGAUGGGAGUUGUUGCAGGAGCAUUCCUGUAUGUGAAAGCGAGCCAAUAUCGGGGUCUUCAGACUCUCGCUGGUUAAGACAGUCAUUAGCACUCUGAUUGUAUAAUCCUUGGUUGUUUUGCACUUGUCUCUUGUUUUAACACAAAGAAGAAGAAGACCAGAUUACAACUAUCUACCACGAGGUAGAUGCAAAAAUUCUAAUAUGCAAUAAAAACCAAGAAAAAUGUAUCAAUGAAGCUGAAAGACUUGUCAUUCUGUGAUGCUCCUCGUUUGUCUUUGUUUUGUAACUUGUUCAUUUACUGUGUUUUACACAUUCAUCACUGUUUAUACAAUACAUGAGUAAUAAUAAAUCUAAAACUAUUUGCACUAUCUCAUUUUUCUUUGUAUUUAGCAUUACUAAUUUAGUCAUUACUAAUAUUUAGUUGUUAAUAUUUACUUAUUAUUACUUUCUUUUAAUCGUGUGACUGGAACCUGCAAAGUAAGAAUUUAAUUGCUCUGCGUAACCAUUUAUGUUUUGCGGUGUACAUGACAAUAAACUUCUUGAAUCUUGAA